CUGGAACAUAUACAGUUGUAAUACUUCGUUAGAAGAAAGACGUUUAUUUUUUUCUUCUUCUAAAGCCUUUUUGAGUGGACUGUCAACAGGAAACUAAAGCGGAAGUGCUGUUUAAUGUCAGGAGACGGUUUUGGACUGAAGACAAGAUGUGUUUCAUUCAAUAAGAAGGAUGGCCGUGUGUUCCCGUCUCGCUCUCCUCGGUUCUCUGGGUUCUCCGAGGCGAGGAUGGAGGAGUUUGAGUCUGUUCUCUGGUCCGUCUCCGUCCAGCUGGAGCAAAGUGGUGUCUGAUGCGGAGAAGAUCGUGGGAUAUCCGACGUCUUUCAUGAGUCUGCGCUGUCUGCUCAGUGACGAGCUCAGCAACGUCGCCAUGCACGUCAGGAAACUGGUGGGGACCAAACACCCGCUGCUCAAGACCGCCAGGGGCUUUGUGUAUGACAGUAAACACAAUCUACAGAUGCGUGGUCUGUUGGUGUUGUUGAUGUCGAAAGCAGCAGGACGGAGCGACUCGGCAUCUGACCCUCUCCUGCCCGACAUGAUCAGCGGGAUUUACCCCAGUCAGCGUAUCCUGGCCGAGAUCACCGAGCUGAUCCACACGGCGUUCCUUGUGCACCGUGGCAUUGUGAAUUUAAAGGAGUGGACGUACUCAGACGGGCCGCUCAAGGACAUGCAGUUUGGGAACAAGAUGGCCGUCCUGAGCGGCGACUUCCUCUUGGCCAACGCCUGCACGGGAUUGGCUCAGCUGAACAACACCAAGGUGGUGGAGCUGAUUUCCAGUGCCAUUGGAGACUUGGUGCAAGGUGUCUAUUAUGAAAACUCCAACUGUGCAGAGGAGGGAAAGCUGUCGGUGGCGUGGUGGGAGGACCAGGUGUUCCUCUCCCAUGGUGCACUGCUGGCGAAGAGCUGCCAGGCGGCGAUGGAGUUAGCAAGACACGACGCAGAAGCUCAGACUCUCGCUUACGAGUACGGAAAACACCUCGCUCUUGCACACAAGCUGAAUUCAGACCUGCAGCCGUUCAUGAAGAGUGGUUCCGACCCAGUCGUCUUCUCUCUGGAUUCGGCUCCUGUGGUUUUCCACCAGCUGAUCGUCGGACCCGACAGGUGGACGCACCAGUUCCAGCAGGCCCAGAGCUUGAGCACGCAGACGGAUUACUCCACGCUGUGGACCAGGAUUAGAUCUGGGGGCGGAGUCAAGCAGGCUGUUGACCUCUGCACUCAGCAUGGAAACAUGGCGCUGGAGGCCAUCCGCUGUUUCCCUCCGUCCGAGGCUCGUUCAGCUCUCGAGAACAUCGCCGGCGCCGUCACCAGGUUCUGAUCGGACCAAAACGAGGUCCGGAGUCUGAGAUCCAUCCUCGCGGUCACGUCAGCCGGUCCGAACAUCUGGAAGUGACAUGCUUUUGUAACUUUCUCUCUCUUUCCAUCGAUGGCGGAGAGGAACGGCAGAUCGUGAUCAGGAUGAUUUUACGUUUUACUGUAAAGGCAUCGCCAUGGCAACAGCGACACCACGGACAGCGCUGUUCACAUGCUUAUCGCUUUUUUUGUUCCGAGUGUGGACCUGCGAGCACACAACGUUGUGCUAGCACUCUGUGGUGCUGCUCCCGUCAGGUUUAUUGUAAAGAGACGCUACGACUUUUUUCUCACGCUGUUCAUGUCAGGAGUCGCUUUGGUUGCCGACCCCACCCCCAACUGAUGAUCCGCUUCUUGAACAGCAUUAUACACCUGUUGUGUCUGUCUGGCUGACACUAAUAAUUAAUGAGGGGGGCGUGCGUGCGCGCGCGUGUGCAGAUGGGCAGGAAGCGCUGUGGUAUCGAUCCACUCGGCGCCAGGCUGGGCGGCCUGUGGUUUCCGCGGCGACCGCAUCGGGACGCUCAGGGUGUGAAGCAGGGAGAACACACACAGAGAGAGACACAGACAUAUACACACACACACUCACUGUCUCACUCUCAUGUCCUCUCCUGUUCUUUCACUCUUUUUUUUUUUUCUUUCCUUUAUUCUCUUUCACUGUCACUCUUUUCACACGUUUUUCCUCUUUCCUUUUUGUUUCCUUUUCUUUUGCUUUCUUUCGUUCUCUUUAUUUAAUCUCCUGCUUCCCCUCUCUUUUCUUUUUUGCCCUCUUGUUCGUUCUUUCUUUCUUCACUCUGUUCUUUUUUUUUUUCCUCUUUCUCUGUCGUGGUGUGAUUUAGCAGAUCUUGAGACCCCUCCUGUAAACUGUUAUGACCGUUGUCAUGGUUACACACAAGUAUUAUUAUUAUUAUUAUUAUUAUUAUUAAUAGUCAAAACUUAAUCACUGCUCUGUACAUUAUAUUUUUCAUUGUGUAAAAUAACACAACAGCCGACCAAUCAGAGACGCGUAUUUUCAGACGCUCAGCAGAUAACGUGGUGCUGAAUAAUCAGGAUGGAAAAAUGGAAAUUUUAUGGAAUUCACUGUGGAUUAUUUAAUACUUUAAUCGUUUGGAUUUAUUUUUGGAUUUGUCCCUUCAGAUUAAAGUGUGUAUGUGUGUGUGUGUGUGAGAGAUGCCAGUCAGUAUCACAGCUCUGUGUAAUUUGAGCUCGUCUCUGUUUUUGCUCAUGGAGAUGGAGAUUUUUGCGGUUUGGAGAUUCGGAGACUCGAGGAGUCUGAUGACACACCAGUGUGUGUGUGUGUGUGUGUGUGUGUGUGUGUGUGUGUGUAGGGGCUCAUGGGGCAGCAGCACCAUCUCGACUCCAUUCUGUGUCACUGCAGCGCACAGCGAGAGUGAUGCUACUUUAUAAAAUUCUUAUUAUUAAUUUGAAAAAGUAUAAAAAAAAAAGAUUAUGGAUUUCUAAAGACUGUCAGGAUCUUCAUUCUAAAUUAUUAUUAAUUUUAUUAAAACGUGAAAGAAAAUUUGCAGAGAUUUACCCCAUUGAAAUAUAAUAAUAAUAAAAAGAAUCUUUUGUACCACUACUAUCUACUGCACAUUAUUAGGUUGUAAUACUUUAAAUGAUGUACUGUUGUGUGAUG